CCUACCACCACCUGUCUUCGUGUCCGCUUUAUUUAUUAAGGAUAGGAUUCCCUCGCUCUGUCGCUCGUUCUCUCUUCUCUUCUCCUCUUCCUCCCUAAACCACAGCUCUAUCCUUCACCAUGGCUGACCUUUUCACCACUAUCGAGACCCCCACCGCCAAAUAUGAACAGCCUCUGGGCUUGUUCAUCAACGGCGAGUUCGUCAAGGGUGUCGAAGGCAAGACCUUCGAGACCGUCAACCCCACCACCGAGAAGCCUAUUGUUGCCGUUCACGAAGCAACCGAGAAGGAUGUGGACCUUGCUGUUGCCGCUGCUCGCAAGGCCUUUGAGGGCUCCUGGCGCCAGGUUACUCCCACUGACCGUGGCCGCCUGCUGACCAAGCUGGCGGACCUGUUCGAGCGCGAUGCCGAUAUCUUGGCCUCGAUCGAAUCUCUGGACAAUGGUAAAUCUAUUACCAUGGCCAAGGUCGAUGUCGCCAACGCUGCGGGUUGCUUGCGCUACUACGGUGGUUGGGCCGACAAGAUUCACGGUCAGACCAUCGACACCAACUCGGAGACCUUGAACUACACUCGCCACGAGCCCAUUGGUGUCUGUGGACAGAUCAUCCCUUGGAACUUCCCAAUCCUGAUGUGGUCCUGGAAGAUCGGUCCCGCCGUCGCUACCGGUAACACCGUCGUUAUUAAGACCGCCGAGCAGACCCCGUUGUCGGGUCUGUACGCGGCCAAGCUGAUCAAGGAGGCCGGGAUCCCCGAUGGUGUGGUCAACAUCAUCUCCGGUUUCGGCCGUGUGGCGGGUGCUGCCAUUUCUAGCCACAUGGACAUUGACAAGGUCGCCUUCACUGGCUCCACCCUUGUUGGCCGCACUAUCCUCCAGGCCGCGGCCAAGAGCAACCUCAAGAAGGUGACCCUUGAGCUGGGUGGCAAGUCCCCCAACAUCGUCUUCGACGAUGCCGACAUUGACAAUGCUAUCUCCUGGGCCAACUUCGGUAUUUUCUACAACCACGGCCAGUGCUGCUGCGCCGGCUCCCGUAUUCUGGUCCAGGAAGGUAUCUAUGACACGUUCGUUGCGCGUUUGAAGGAGCGGGCCGCCCAGAACAAGGUGGGCGACCCCUUCUCGAAGGAGACCUUCCAGGGUCCCCAGGUCUCGCAGCUCCAGUUUGACCGCAUCAUGGAGUACAUCAAGCACGGUAAGGAUGCCGGAGCUACCGUCGCCGUCGGUGGUGAGCGUCAUGGCACCGAGGGAUACUUCAUCCAGCCCACUGUCUUCACCGAUGUUACCUCGGACAUGAAGAUCAGCCAGGAGGAGAUCUUCGGCCCGGUUGUCACCGUGCAGAAGUUCAAGGAUGUGGAUGAGGCUAUUAAGAUUGGCAACAGCACCUCCUACGGUCUCGCUGCUGGUAUCCACACCAAGAAUGUCAACACCGCUAUUCGCGUUUCUAACGCUCUGCGUGCCGGAACCGUUUGGGUCAACAGCUACAACCUGCUUUCCUACCAGGUGCCCUUCGGAGGAUUCAAGGAGUCCGGUAUCGGUCGCGAGCUGGGCUCGUACGCCCUCGAGAACUACACCCAGAUCAAGGCUGUGCACUACCGUCUGGGCGAUGCUCUCUUCUAAUCGAAUGUGAGGUGACGGGGGAAAGUUGAGAAGCUCGCUUCGGCGACGAGCUUGGGGCUUGGUAUUAACAUCUAGUGCAAGUAGCCAUGACUGGUUCAUGUAAAACAAUCAGGAUACGAAUUUACGAUGAGAAUAUAAUUGGUCGUUCGCCUCU